UAAUUUAAAAUAAUAAUGAAGUCACGAUUUUGGAACACAUGGACGAAAGAAGAGCCGAAAGUAAGGUCGCCAAUUAUUAUAAAAGAUCGUAAUCAGAAGGAGAGCUUACGUGACUCCAGUCAGAGCAAUGAUAAUCGCAAUAAGAUCCACCAGUACAGUUUGUCCUCGCGUGUUGACCGGUUUCAAUUGAUAACCGACAACAACAAUGAUAAAUUACGCAACGGGUACAAGGAAGUCUGUGUAAAAAAUAAGGAUGACAGUUUGCAUAAACAGCAACAUCAUUUGUCAAGGUGCAGAGAUAACGUGAACAGUAAAAAUAUUUGGGAGCUACACAGAAACAGAUAUCACGAUCAGGAAAAAAUUUUGCAUCAGCAGCAGCAGCAGCAUGGAAUUGGGAACCAACAACAGCCAAUUAAUUAUAGGCGGCGGAAGUCUAAAGGAUCACCUUCAAUAGUCGGUAAUAAUAGUGACAAUAAUAAAUCCGGUGAACCGAAACUUACAAACGGGAAGUUACGACCGUCAAACAACGGUUUCACAAAACAGGUCAAACGAUCUGACGAAUCGUUGGAUCGUGAACGCAGAGGUGUUAAGUAUCAGCAAACUUACCACCAGGAGGACACGAGGAAUUUUUUUUACGAUGUGGAAACGCCGAGUAACGGAAUCAGCGAGCCCAUUAAAUUUGUCAGGAAAUUCGAAGAAUACGAGUGUCGAUACGAUAAGCCGCGGAUUGGUGGAGAAGAAGAAGAAGAAGAAGAAGAAGAAGAAGAAGAAGAAGAAGAAGAAGAGGAAGAUGGAGAGGAAGACGAGGAUGUCGAUGUGGAUCAGGAUGAGGAAGAAGAUGAUGAAGAUGAUGAGGAGUGUUACAAGCAAACGCGUUAUUCAUCCUCGUCAUCGUCAUCCAGAAAAAUAAAUGGUGAUUUUAUACAUGGUAGAUCGUUAUCACCGUUAGAUGAUUCUGUGAGCAAAGGCUGCAAACGUGAAUUUAUUUAUUUGGAUAAGAGAUCUUGGAGACACUGCGAGGAGCGGUCGCCAGACCGCGCGAUUGAGCUCAUCAAGGCGGUCGGAGAAAAUUUAAAUUCAAAUUCAAACUGUCCGGGUUUUGUCAAUGGGAGUAGGCGGAACGGAAACCGGUGUGAUAGUUAUGUUCCGGGAAAAAAGACAGCGAGUGAUAAAACUAAAACCAAUCGUAAAGAUUUUGAUCCAUCUGCUGGGAAGUACGAUAAGAUUAGGGAACACAAAAAAGGUUUUAAUCUAGUCAGAAGCGCCAGAGGGUCUUCCAGUGAGCACGAGGAGAGGAGAAGGAACUAUUCGGGGCACCGAAGUUUGGAGAAUAAAAGUUACUUUAAAAUGAACAUAAACAGGGACUCUUCUAUUGGUAACAACAAGCGCGAGUCUUCGAGAGACAGACAGAUAUUUCGUAAAAUUUCAUUAAAAUUGAAAGGUAAAGACAAAGAGGAAAAGGAGAAAGACGUUAAAAAUAAUUCUAGUGAGUCAGAGUCUAUUAAGAGUAAGCCGAGAAGAGACAAUCGACACUCUAGACCUCUCUCUCCACCCACGUUUGAAAAUAUCGAGACUGACGAGGUGGUACCAAGACAGCACCGUAAAGUAUUUUCGUCUUCGAAGGAUUUUCAUCAUCAGGAUCAUCAAAAUUAUCAAAAUCAUCAGCAACAGCAGUUAAGACUUAGAGAGAAUUAUGGUGGCAAAAGAGAGGAGGUUAAAAAAAUGAAUAACCACAACUAUCAGCAUCAUCACCACCGCGACUCACGUGAUUUGUCAUGGAUUGAGAGAGAAUUGUCCUCGUGGUAUUCCAGCGAAGAGUCGCCGGAACGUGAGAAGACUAAGAACAAGUCUAGUAAGCCUCCGAGAACGCGUUGCUUGCUGUCAGAUGAGGAUGAUGACAACGACGAGGACCGAGACGGGGAUGAGGAUGAGGAUGAUGAUGACGAGGACGACAGCGAUUUGGGUUUUUCCACGCGGAUUGAACGCAACGGUGCCACAGUUAUUAGAAUUCACACCAAUCCAAAGACACCCGAGAGACGAAAAAGUCCCGAGAGAAUUACUGACAGACGAUAUCUGGGCAGACGCACCAGGAAUAUUUCACCAGAUAGGUAUACAUUUAGAGAUGAUGACGAGCUUGUGCGAGAGGACGAUGAUGAUUACGACCAUUUGGAUGCCGGUAUCGAUUUUUUUGGCUUGAGAAAACUAUCAACUGACUCACUUACACGGAAUUUUCGUGACUCGAACGUUCAAAUCACGGACCUUGAGGAUGGCCAGCCGUGUUUGCAAUGCGGCGAAACAUGUUCCGGAUUUUCGCCUCAUACAUGGAGGAAAAAUUGUACGAGCUGCAAGUGCCCGAAGGAAGUCCACGACGUCUGUCAUGAAGAAUGGGUGUCAGUGAGAGCGCGUUUAGGCUUGAAAAGCGAGGGCUCUAACAAUUACAUCGGGUUCGAACCGCGGGAUCGAGGAUUAGCUUGGGCACCUCCCGGUCUGCCGCCUCAUAAGGUGGAGGAAUAUUUCUCAAUGUUGCCGGAAAUAUCAGUUCCACGGUUAGGAACUCCUGGAGAACGUCAUCGAGACCGUCAACUGGCGACUCAAUUACCUAAGCAAGAUCUUGCGCGGACUUAUUGCCGGCACUUGGACCCCAGGCACGCGGCAAGUGCUGAUGAUUUUAUGGCCGCGAGAAAUGAAAUAGCUUUGGACAUCGGCAGUGUCCAGGAAGUACUUGAACGUGGACAUGAAUGCGGAGUAUGUCACGAGCCAUUUAAAUAUGGGAGUCUCGCCGUGAUGGCAAGCAAACUUGGACUGCUUUAUCAUCCCGCAUGUUUCCAGUGUGCCCAGUGCCAUGAACUACUCGUUGAUUUAGCCUAUUGCGUUCAUGAUGACGCAUUAUAUUGCGAGAGACAUUAUGCCGAAAGACUUAAGCCUCGUUGCGCUGCCUGUGAUGAGUUAAUUUUCAGUGGGGAGUACACAAAGGCAAUGAACAAGGAUUGGCACAGCGGUCACUUCUGUUGUUGGCAGUGCGACGAGUCCUUGACCGGACAGCGCUAUGUCCUGCGCGACGAGCAUCCCUACUGCAUCAAGUGCUACGAAAGCGUCUUUGCCAACGGGUGCGAGGAGUGCAACAAGAUCAUCGGUAUCGAUUCAAAGGAUCUGUCGUACAAGGACAAGCACUGGCACGAGGCUUGUUUCCUCUGCAACAAGUGCAGGGUCUCUUUGGUGGACAAACAAUUUGGAAGCAAGGUCGACAAGAUUUAUUGCGGCAAUUGUUACGAUGCCCAGUUUGCAAGCCGCUGCGAUGGAUGCGGCGAGAUCUUCCGCGCUGGUACCAAGAAGAUGGAAUACAAGACUCGACAGUGGCACGAGAAAUGUUUUUGCUGCGUCGUAUGCAAGAACCCCAUUGGUACAAAGAGCUUCAUUCCGCGAGAACAGGAAAUUUACUGUGCCGGUUGCUACGAGGAUAAAUUUGCUACUCGUUGUGUCAAGUGCAAUAAGAUUAUCACCAGCGGCGGCGUAACAUACAAGAACGAACCAUGGCACAGAGAUUGUUUCACUUGCAGCCAUUGUAACAAUUCACUGGCAGGCCAGCGGUUUACUUCACGCGAUGAUAAGCCGUACUGCGCUGAAUGUUUCGGCGAGCUUUUUGCCAAGAGAUGUACAGCUUGCACGAAACCAAUCACUGGCAUCGGUGGCACACGCUUCAUCUCAUUCGAGGACAGGCAUUGGCACAAUGACUGCUUCAUCUGCGCUGGAUGCAAAACCUCACUAGUCGGACGUGGAUUCAUAACUGACGGGGACGACAUCAUCUGUCCCGAGUGCGCCAAACAGAAGCUCUCGGAAUGAAAAAUUCCCGGAAAAAAAUAAUAUAAAAUAAAACAUCAGCUAAAAAGUAUAUUUAACAAAAAAAAUAUAAUAAAUAAAAUAACGAGUGUUGAUGACGAGAAAAUUUAUAGACGAGGAAUAAAAUUCAUAGAAGAUAUAAUACGUGUGAAAAAAUAUAAAAUAACAAUGAAUAAAUAAAUAUAACGACGUAUUUUAUUAUACGAAAUUCAUUCUCGCUAUGAUUAUAAAUAUUUAUAAAAUGAAACUUCAUUGUAACUUUUUUUUUUUUUUUUUCGUGUUUUUAAAUUUAUCGACAUGUUCCUUUUUUUCAAUUAGUUAUAUUAUUAGUCAUCUGUUAUUGUAAUAGUCAUUUAUAAUUUCGAAUUUUAUUUUUAGCUCUUAUAAAUUUCUUAUAAAUACACACCGCUCCAACAGUAUUCGAGAUAUUUUUAACUCUUAUAAAUUUUUCUCGAGUAUUGUUAGACUUGGCUAUUGAUUCAAUGUAUGAGCUUAUGAAUAUAUAUUUAAAAAUAUAAGUAUAUAUAUAAAUAUUAUGAACUAUUAAACAAAAUGUCCCAACGGAUCAUAGUGGGAACAAUGUGCAGUUGCCUUAAACAAUCAAAUCGCUUAAUAUUAAUAUAUUACUCUAUACGUAUACUUAAUAAAUAAAAAUGAAAACAAAAAAAAAACAUUUAACUUAAUAAAGAAGCGAGUCAAGUUACGAGUGAUGUUAUUAAUACUAUUUCUAAACUUUUUUUUUAUUAACAAAAAAAAAAAGAAGAAAUAUUAAGUCAAAUUAAGCUACUUUGUUAAUAUAGUCGACUCAAUGAUUUAUUAAUUAAUAUUUUUAUUCUGAAAUAAACUUGAUUAUUUGCAUUGAUCUAUUAAUACGGAAAAUCCGAAUUCAUGAAUGAUGAAAUUGUAUGCCGCUAUUCAAGUGACUUUAAAUAGAAUAUUGUAAAAAUAAAGUAAUUAAAUCGCCACUGUACCGGAGUAUGACAAUAAACGAAAUACAUACACCCAUAUUUACACUUACACAUACACAUACAUAACUACAUUCACACUUACACACAUUCAUACAUUCACUCAUGCUUACGAAUACACACACAGUAAUUUAUUUUGUGAUUAGUUACAAAACCAAUCAACACAUAACUACAGCCCGAGCACAAUUGCCAAUUUACGCUCCCCAUAGAAUUGCAGCGGGCAAAAAAAUUACUAUUUUGUUUUAUUUUUAAAAAAAUAAACCAAUGUAAUUGAAAUUAUCUAAAACAAUCCAAAAUAUCUAAUUCUAACUAUAUGUGUGUGUAUCUGUCAUCAUCUAUAAAUGAUAAACGAAAUUUGUGGCCUUAUCGUGAUUACUAUAUGAUCUAUUCUUAAUUACUUAAUUGGUUAUAAAAAAAUCUUACUGUUUUUAAUAACAAUAAUAUCGAUUAACAAUAAAAAUAAUAAAAAAAUGAAAAUAUAUCUUUAUUAUUAAUCAUUUUAUUAAUUAAUAUAUGUAGUAUGUAAAUUUACGGUCAACCACAAAUAAAAGCAGGAAUUGAUUUCAAAUUGACUUUAUAAAACAUUGUUAUGUAUAAUAAUGAAAUAAAUGAAUAAUAAAUAAUAAUAAUAAUAAUAAUAAUAAUAAUGAUGAAUAAUUUAAUUAAUGAUAGUAAUGAAAGCUUGCAUUAAUAAUAACGAUUACAUAUACCAUGACGAACCAAUGACACUUGCUAUGUAAACAUUUAAAAUCACUCACAUGCACUAAUCGUUUUUAUUAUUAGUAAAUUAUAAAUAAUAAUAAAAAUAUAAAUA